CUUCCAACAGAUCAAAUAAGCGACCCUACAGCUGGCAGCGCAGCUGCAAUAUUCAAAAUGUAUUUGCAAUCUGGAGGAAUUAAUUUUAAGUAAAAUAAAAAUAGACAGCAUUUAAAAUAUUAACAUUAUGGAGAAAACGCCAACCGAACAUCAUAAGCGCUUAGAAUAUUGUACGACGCGAUUGCAAUAUCGACAGGGCCGCGAGCUAAAAGCUGUGAAAGUGUACACUGUUGCCAGCGAGUCCCGGCAUAUGUUGGUUUUUGGCGUGCCCAAAGUUAAUCUUCACACAGAAAUAAAGAAUAAGCUGCAGUGCUUUGGAAAAUUGCGUUCCUGCACAUGUGUGACCACCGAAUUGGCAGAAACAAUGGAAUUAGAGGCCUUUACAGAUGUAUUUGCGGUGCAGUUUGAUGGGUUGGAACAAGCGCGUCGGGCUAAACGACAACUGGAUGCUAGGCAGUUCUUUGGCGGCGAACUACACAUCUCCUAUGCCCCGGAAAGAGAGACAUCCCAGGAGCUGAGGGAAAAGCUGGUACAGCGCCGAAAAGAGAUUGCCUAUCGCAUCCAGCGCAACCUGGCCGAGCAGCCGCAUUCGGUCAAAAAAACCGUAUAGAACUAAGAUCAUUUAUAAUUCUGUCAUUUUAUUGAACCUAAUAAGAUAACACGAGCCUCUAAGGCUGAACGAUCUCUGAA